UGUUCCGAGGCUGCCUCGUGAGCCACCCAGCAGCGGUCUCGAUCUUCCGCAGGCGACUUUUGCAUCCAUCUGUCCGUCGCGCCGAUCCACCUCCACAUCCUCCUGGCAGUCCAAGUCUGCGCCUGAGUCGUCAUGACCAAGCGGUACGACUUUGUUAUCCUCGGCAGCGGCAUCUCGGGCCUCUCGACGGCCUGGCACAUCCUGCAUCGGCACCAGGCCCUCCUCCGUUCUGCCAAGCCCGGUCUCCUCGCUGCAGACCGCACGGCACCCCCAACGAUCGCCAUCGUCGAUCCGGCGCAACAUGCCGGAGGCUGGAUUCAAUCGGUCUCGCUGGCCAACAACCGCCACCCAAGCCCGGUGCUCUUUGAGCUCGGCGCACGGACACUUCGACCCGCAGGCGACUCGGGCACAUCAACCCUGGCUCUGAUCCACCAACUGGGUCUGCACCCGCAGAUCGUCACCACUUCGCGAUCGUCUCCCUCGGCCAAGAAUCGAUACAUCUACAGCAACGGUAGCGUGCAGCUCGUACCCUCGACCCUGCUGUCGCUGCUCGGCUCCGGGCUGGAGGCUACCAAGGGCAUUCUCUGGACCCUGAUCCGAGAACCGUUUGUCAAGACCGAUCGGGUCUCGGAGGACGAGUCGAUCCACUCGUUUGUGUCUCGAAGACUCUCGCCCCGGAUCGCAGACCAUCUCGUUUCGGCCAUCGUCCACGGCAUUUACGCAGGCGACUGCAAGCAGCUCAGCGUUCGUUCGACGCUGCCCUUCCUCUGGGAAGCCGAGAGGAAGCACGGAUCCAUCACCCGAGGAAUGCUUGCUCCUACGCCCCAGCGACCACCGACAAGCUCUCAGUCUGAGGUCGAAUUGCCUUUGGAUGCCGAGGCGAUCGAGUUUGUCAGGAAGAUGAAGCAGUGCAGCGUCUACUCGUUCAAGGAGGGCAUGCAGACCCUGCCCGAGGCCAUCCUCGCCGAUCUGCGUGCCCACGGAAGCGUCGACGUUCUGCAAGAGCCGUGCACUGGCCUGCGCCUGGGCGAAAAUGAGGUCGAGAUCGAUACCGCCUCAGGAACCAUCGAGGCCGGCCAUGUGGUCUCGGCUAUCCCGGCCAACCGGCUGCGAAAGAUCCUGUGGCCAACUGGCGCCCGCUUGUCGGACGAAAAAGCCUCCACGAACAGCGUCGGCAGCGCAUGGAUCGACGAGAUGCCCUCGGUCACUGUUGCGGUCGUCAACCUUGCGUACAAGGGCAGGGAUCUGCUGCCCAUCCAGGGCUUUGGGUACCUGAUUCCGGCCUCGGAGGAGAAGGCACAGCUGCUCGGGUGCGUUUUUGACUCCGAGGCUGUUCCGGGGCAGGAUCAGGACCUGACUCGCCUCACUGUCAUGAUGGGCGGCUACCGGUUCCAGCAGCUCUUUGGCGACCCCGACCAUGUUGAUCCAGAGCAGCUCCUACAGAUCGCCAAGAGCCAGGUUCAGAAGCAUCUUCGCACCGAGCUCCCAGAGUCGCUGCUGCUGGAGUCGAAAGUAACUCUCCAGCGCGACUGCAUCCCGCAGUACCAUCUGGGGCACCACGAGCGCCUUUGCAAGCUGAAGCAGGGGCUUCUGCGGGACUGGAACGGUCGGCUCUCGGUUGUCGGCGCUUCGUAUCUCGGUGUGUCGGUCAACGACUGCAUCUUUCACUCGCGCAAUCUGGCCUAUCGUCUGGCAUACAAGCGAGCCACGGGCCAGGAGCUAUCAGAGCCCUGCACUGGCCUGGAGCCCAUUCAGAUCUAGGAGAGAAUUCAAAGAAUUAACGAGGGAGAAGUGGACUCGAGGCGUCCUCGAUGGAGAGGCUGUAUUGUUUAUGCACCAGCGGUAGGCGGUACAUCUCUGUCCCUGGUCCAUUGGAAAACAUGCCGUUGACUAUGGGCAGAGGUAAUCAAUGAACAUCAUAGCGUUGAAU